AUGUCGACUAAACUAGUGACGUUUCAAGGAGCGUUAAAUUUUAGGCAUCGAAUAGUGAUGGCUACAUUGUCUGGUAAGGCCAUCAAGAUUGAGAAAAUCCGCUCAGAUGAUUUGAAUCCAGGUUUAAAGGAUUAUGAAGUUUCAUUUUUACGAUUGAUUGAUGGAGUCACUAAUGGGAGUGUGGUCGAGAUAUCAUAUACAGGUACGACGGUUAUUUACAAACCAGGUAUUAUUGUUGGCGGGUCUUAUACGCAUAACUGCCCGAAUAGUAAGCCUGUUGGGUACUUUGUGGAACCAUUGUUGUACCUUGCUCCAUUUUCCAAGAAGAAGUUUUCUAUAGUAUUUCGUGGUAUGACGUCGUCUCAUGGUGAUGCUGGUGUCGAGACUAUUAAAUGGGGGCUUAUGCCAGUGAUGGAGAAGUUUGGUGUCAGGGAGUGUGCGCUACACACACUGAAGAGAGGAUCACCUCCCAUAGGAGGAGGCGAAGUACAUUUAGUUGUAGAUUCAUUGAUAGCGCAGCCGAUUACGAUGCAUGCAUUAGAAAAGCCUGUCAUAUCGGCAAUUACCGGGGUUGCAUAUUCGACUAGGGUCAGUCCUUCGAUGGUGAACCGGAUGAUAGAUGCUGCAAAAAGUGUAUUGAAGAAAGUGCCAUGUGAGGUAAAUAUAACUGCAGAUGUGUGGAGGGGUGAAAAUUCUGGUAAAAGUCCAGGUUGGGGUUUAACUUUGGUUGGUGAGACUAAGAAAGGUUGGAGAUAUUCUGCGGAAGCGAUUGGCGAUGGUGGUGACGUUCCUGAAGAUAUUGGGACGAAAGUUGCAUAUGAGUUACUCGAAGAGAUAAGUAAGUGUGGCGUUGUGGAUAGAAAUCAGUUACCAUUGGCACUCGUAUACAUGGUUAUUGGGAAGGAAGAUAUUGGUAGACUCAGAAUAUCAAAAGAUCAAAUUGAUGAAAGAUUCAUAAGGCUUAUGAGGGAUAUUAAACAGAUAUUUGGUACAGAAGCUCACCUCAAAUCUGUUGACGAGGUAGAUAGCGACGAUAUGAUCGUUACCAUAAAGGGUAUAGGUUUCACAAACACUAGUAAGAAAAUCGCCUAG